UGUUCGGAGGAGGUCCACAAGCCCUAAUUUUCUGUUCAUUCCAAACGAGGGAAUUUGCAUGCUAAUGUCACACGCGCUGCACGCGCUCAAACGGCGGUUAGCGGAACCAGAGGUGGAGCCUCGCCGCGCGUUUGGGACUAGGUCUUUAAGCAGGGUUUUACUGCUCGAGUGGGUUUACGUAUCUGGUAUUUUCCCUCCAAAUUUCGAUUUCUUGUGGGUCGAGCCCCUUCCAUACUUAAAUCUUCAGUUAUCGCCGGAUAAUCUCUUUCACCUUUCAUGGUCUCUUUCAGCUGCAUUUAUUCUUGGAGGAGAUCCGCUUUGGUAUUAUGGUAGAAACAGAACAAGAGGAGAAAGUUGAAUUUCAAUGGGGCAAAAGGAAAGGAAUUGGUGGGAAGAAGAAGGACGUGUCCUUUUAUGAAUCUUUUACUUAUGAUGGUGUAGAAUAUUUUCUUUAUGACUCUGUUUACCUAUACAAGGAGGGUGAACCAGAACCUUAUAUUGGCAAGAUUCUUAAAAUCUGGCAGAAUCCAGAUAAGACGAAGAAAGUAAAAAUUCUUUGGUUUUUUCGACCUUGUGAGAUUCUUAAUUAUCUUGGAGCCGAAGACACAAGGGAUAAUGAAUUAUUUUUGGCAUCCGGUGAUGGUGUUGGUCUUGCCAAUGUUAAUUCUCUGGAAGUAAUUGCUGGAAAGUGCAGCGUUCUCUGUUAUUCAAAUGAUAGCAGAAAUCCACGACCUUCAGAUGAAGCACUCAAAAAGGCUGAUUUUGUAUUUUGUCGUACAUUUGAUGUUGGAAAACUAGAGGUCUGCAAUGAGAUAUGUGAAAAAAUUGCCGGAGUAGAAGUUAAAUUUUUACUCAAUAAAGUAGAUACUUCAAAAUAUGUUAAGAGGGCCGAGAAGGAUGGGAAGGAUGCAAUUGUAAAUACUGAAUCAGAAGAUCUUUUUGAAAGGAACACUUCUAAUGGAGAAUCAACUUUGAAGACUAAGGACAGCACUGUCGAGAUGUCCACCAAGGAAAAUGUUGAUUUGAAGGCUUCUCUAUCUAUAGAGAAAUCCUCCAACGAAGAGAAGUCUGGUGUAUGUGUGAGUGAUGGAGGAAACGGAAUGGCUAAUACUAGUAGCAAACACAAAAACAUCUUAGAUGAUAAGGUCUCUUCGAAGCUUAAAAUUGAUUAUAAUAAGACACCCGGUAAAGAUGCGCUACCUAAGGAUGUUGAAGGUAGAGUUAAAAGUCCGAGGGACUCCUCUGAAGUUGAACAUAGACCAGAAAAGAAGGCAAAACUAGAUAGUUUUGUUCAAUUAUCUCUGGGAAAGACCAAAAGCGACAUUCAAAAGCCUGGCCUCAAUCGCAGUAAUGGUGAUACGCUGGCUUCCUCACCCAAGAUUCAUGUUUCUGAAAAUGCUUCCAGGACCAAAAAUGUAAAAGAUUCUCAUGGAACAAAAGACAGCCUUAUCAAGAAGCCCAAACUAGAUGAGAAGCCAACAAAGGUUUCUAUUGGCAAGAACCUAAAGCCUUCAGUUGCAGACUGCAAAAUAGAUGGUCAAAUUGUGGAAGUUACUAGAAGGCCAGACGCUGAUAGAAGCAGAUGGUUCAAGGGACUUCCGUGGGAAGAAAGAAUGAAGAAUGCGCAUGAGCAAAGAACACUUGUCCUAAUUCAGAAUUUUGAUCCUGCUUACACUUCAGGUGAAGUGGAGGAUAUUGUCUGGCAUGCCUUCAACGAGAGUUGCACUGCUAAGAUGAUUCAGCGUACUGCAAAUUCUAUGCCUCACAUAGGUCAAGCUUAUAUUGUAUUUAAAACUAAGGAAGCAGCAGAGAAAGUGGUUAGAAAACUAGAUGAAGGUUGCUUAUUGCUUGCUAAUGGGAAUGCUCUUUUUGGUAGCUUUGCAACUCCUCAUCUCCAGUUAAAGAAACAAACGUAUUUUGGGCAUCACAGUAUUGAUAAGCUAAGGCAUCUAAUGCAACGUGAGAUGGUAAUAAAGAAGCUGUAUCAACCUCGCAUUGUUCUCAGCCGAAUACGGUAGAAUAUGAUAUGGCCAUGGAAUGGUGUUUACUGCAAGAAAGAUCGCAACUCACCUGGAAAAAGUUGUUCAAGCAACAAGAAGAGGAGUUGAGAAAAUUCAAGAGCAAGCUGAAAUUUAGAUGAGUUCCGUUGGCCUCACCGAUGCUAUAUUUGGCUAGUAUUUUCAACCAUGCGAGAAAUCCUUUUGAUCUAGCACAUUUUGAAUCAUGGGAGUACCUCACUCUUGCAAGUACCAGUGGUGUUAGACUUAAAUUUUCUUGCUCUUGCAAGUUAUCAAAGUGGAUUAAUUGGAAAUUGUACAUUGAGACGAGAGGAAAUUGGUUAGACGAGGGUCCUAGCUUUUGGAGGAACUUGAUAAGAUGAAACUUCUUGGUAAAUUCUGAGGCUUUGGAAUCAAAAGACCGCUGCAUGUAGAGACGUGGUCGAUGAUCUAUACGGAUGCCUCUAUAAUGGGUGAGUUUAGAUGAAUCUUGCAUCCUUCAAAGUAUUUGAUCUAAACAUUGAACCGGAAGUAUUUUGAUGAUAAUUAACACCUAACUAGUUUUGGUGCACAAUUUGUUGUUACUGUAUAGAGUAAUGGACAUCAAGUAAAGCGGUUUUAAAUCAUCUUUA